AAUCGCACGCGGCGAUUGGGGUUUCGAACGAGGGUUUUGGCAAGGAAGCCGGCCAAUCGGGGGGAAAUAAUCGGGCUCCGGGUCCUCCUCCUCCUGCCCUGGUCCCCGCCCCUUUCCUUCUCGCCUCAUCCCCCGUUACCUUGGAACCUGCUGUAAAUAUCCUGGGACGCGCGACAUGGUGGCGGCGCGGCCCCUUUAAGCUGAGCCGCGGCAACCGUCUGGCUCGUGCAAGGGGGUCGAGGAGGCAGAAACAAACAUACAUUCUGAACAAAACUACUGACUGCCAAAGGGAGAUCCGGCAACCCUUCUUCUGAAUGUAGGGUAAUGAUGAAUUGGCAAGCAGCCAGCCAGCAUUUCUACUGUGACUCUGUGAGCUGUCGUCUGGCAAGAUGAAUAUUCCUUGAGGAAAGGUCUUGAACAUUAUUUUUAUUUAGAAUGGGGGAGAGAGGAAGGAGUCUUGAUUCUGGACCCAACAGAAAAUCAGACAGUGACUCUUACUAUUCUGACGACGAUUCUUCUCACGGCUCUGACCACUCGCCAACGAUAAGCACUCAGUCUACAAACGCUGGAGAAAAAAGCAAUAAAUCACAGACUUUGAAAAGCCUCGCACAUUACCAAGGCACUAAGCAAAUUGCCUCUAAAUAUGCGCCCAGCAAAAGAGGGAUCCGCUGGGGGUUUCGCUCCCAGAGCCUCAACAGGGAGUCUCCUGCCAAAGAUAUUAGCCUAGUUACAAAAAGAGUUCUUUCUGCCAGGUUGCUGAAAAUCAACGAGCUCCGUAAUGAGCUGACGGAACUGCAUGUCAAGCUCGAUGAGCUUCAGAAAGAGAAUAGGGCGCUCAAGCGGCUUCAGUACAGGCACGAGAAAGCCCUGCAUAAGUUUGAGGACACUGAAAACGAAAUCUCUCAGCUCCUGGCCCGGCACAGUGACGAGAUGAGGAUACUGAGGGAGCGCUUGAGACGAUCUCAAGAAAGAGAACAGACGACGGAGCGGAAACUCAGGGCUUCGGAGGAGGAGCUGUACAAGGCCAAAAGCAAUUUGCAAAAAUUGAGAAGGCUUGCUGAAGACAGGCACCUCCCGGAACGCGAUGAGCUGGCUAAGAAGCUGGCUUUAGCAGAAAACAGGUUGGAUGACACUGAGAAGAGAAUUAAGGACUUGGAGAAGAACCUUGACCUUAGCAAUAGUAGUUUCCAAAGACAAUUGCAUUCUGAGAAAAAGAAAUUAUGUGAUGCCCAGGAAGAAAAUAAAGUUCUCCAAGAGGAAGUCCAACGGCUAGGUCAAAAAUUAAAGGAAAAAGAAAGAGAACUGGAUGCAAAAAAUAUAUAUGCUAAUCGGAUGUUAAAAGUUUCACCAAAAAAAGAUGUUGAUUCUGCACCAAGGAAAAAAGCUUCUAAUAAGAAUGCUAAACGAGAAGUACAGAUAACAAAAGGAGUCCAGACUACUGGAUGCUUUUCUCCAGUGGAAUUUCCUCAACCACCAGACUUUAUUUCUGAUGGAAUACCAGAGGAAAAGGAAGAUGACGCCCAUCUCAGAAUGGAACAGUCAAUUAAAGACUGGAAAGAACAAACAGAACGCUUCAAGGAAGAGCAGAGCAGAGAAAGAGAGGAAAGGCUGAAAAGUGAUCAAGAACUGCAGGCAUUGGAAGAGAGAGCAAAAAAACUAAGAGAUGAAUGGGAAAAAGAAGAAUCUGAGAGAAAAAAGAGGGAAAAUAGUCUUCUGUCGGAAAAAGAAGAAAAAGCAAAAAUGGAGACAGAGAUCUAUAGUUUGGGAAAUGGGAUGCAAAAUAAUGAAAAUGAAGAAGAGGAAAGACGGAGGGCAAUUCUACUUUCUAAGAUGUAUGAAAUUGACAAGGAAACACAGAUCAAUAUAAAGGUUACUUCACAGGAGCACAGUUCAGAGACGGUAACUAUACCGUAUUCCUUGGAAAAAAUUAAGAGGCCGUACCAGAGCACAGAAGCAACUGAGAAAUUAUUCAAUGGUUUUCUGGAAUAUGGUCAGCACAAUACGGCUACGAAAGGGGAAAUCCAGAAACAGCAAAAUAUAGAGACCACAAGCCCAAGCAGCGAUUUGACAUUUGGUUGCUAUGUACCUUCUUUUGGGAAAGUAUCAGGGAGGCCAAGUUGGGCUAAUCAAAAAAGUGAUUUCCUUGACGAACCCACUAAGGAAGACUUGAGUCUCCACAUGAAGAGAGAUAAAAAGUCCAACUUAAUGGAGCAGCUGUUUGGAAGCGGUGCCAACGCCAUCACUCCACCUAAGAAAAAUGAUUUGGGUACUUUCCGACAAGACAGCGGCCCAAACAUUGGUUUCCAGGAUAAAGGCUCUACGGUCAAUGUAAAAGACGACGGCGAUCUUUUUUUCAGUGAAGGGAAAAACUUCAACCCCAAAAGGCACCGACUGCAACACACAGCAAGCAGACCAGCAGUGAAGGCUUUUGAUUACUUGGAAGAUGAGAUUGAGGAAGUACUGUUGCAAUGAUUAUAUUCUGCAAAAGUCCGUAUGUGUAAAGAGUACAUGUAUUUAAUGUGCUAUUUAUAGUUUUUUAACUUUUCAGAUAUCGUUAUAAAUAUGAAGUGACUGAAAAUAUAUAUGUGGGGGAAAUUGGGAUAUGUAGCCUGAUGCGUCAUCAAGAACGCAGCUUUUUUUUAUCUAAGGUGCCCUAAGCAAUUGAAAGUGGUGACUGAUAUAGGUAUACCAAUCUGUUGGGUUUCUUAGCACGGUCCUACUCAGUCUAUUCAGUCUUCUCUGCCCGCCCACCCAAUGCCUUCAUAAUAAUCUCCCCGUCUUCUCUAGAUAUUUUCCAUCCUUCACUUUUAAAUGUAUCCAGCUUGGUGGCACAGUGAGUCAGGGUGCUUCUGUGUGACAUCAUUAGCGAUACAUUUUGCAUGUGGCCACAAAAAGAAAUAGCUGAAAUUCCUUUCUUUCUCCCCUAGUAAGAAAGUAGUUUCCAUCGCUACUCUUCUUUAAAUUGUCUGUCUAGGGCAAGAUAAAAGCUACAAAUGACUUUAACCAGUUCUGAGGGCAAUUUUAAUCCUCCCCCUGCACCAUCAGGGAAGGGAGUCUCUGCUAUGGGGUGUCUCCCAAGUAGUAUAGUUUCAAUACAGCGGAGGUUAAAUGCAAACAUUUUGUUGAACUAAGAAAUGAGAACAAGUCAAAGGAGACGGCAUAUUAUGAUGACUUUUCAACCCAUCAACUCAUUCAUCUGGUCUUGCAUAAUAAGCCUAAAUAUUGAGGAAAAGCAAUACCGAAGCUAUUUUACUUAUAAUAGAAGGGAAUCUGAUUUUGUCAUUCAGUCAAAUAGAAUGUAGGACUUGAUGGGACUCUAGAUAAUUUUGUAAUUUCUCACCUCCUGUUGGAAUGUGUAUGAGAAAAUGGUUUAAUGGUGAAGUGAAAAAGCGUUGCCACAUUUUAGGUUAACCUAGCACUUGUUUAAUUUGUAAUCAGCUACACUGCAGUAUAUCACACCAAUCCCAUUAACAAGCCUUCUCUGUUGUAAAUGGGCUGCAGGUUGCAGCCACGAGCACAGUCCACUUAAUGAAGUGGACUUGUCCGACACAACCUUGUGCAGUUGUUCUUAGAGGAUUUAUUAAAUAUUGCCUGGUGUGAUAUCCAGUGGUGGCUGUCGGCGGAUGGAAGGGAAUUAAUGGAACUGGAAGGAAGGCAAUUAUUUGCAGUCCACUUCUCUUCUGCAGUACCCAGUUCUCCUCCUAAAUCUGCUCCAGAGGGUUCUCCAACCCACCCCCUAGAGCAGACUUCAAGAGGGCACUGAAAAGGGUACAGGUGACUGCUGAAAAUUGCUUCUGUCCUCUUUCUGCGAACAGAUUCCUUUCCAUCAGCAGGCAGUUAGCCUGCAAUGCCAUAAUGAAAAAUACUAUAAUAUUUGAGCAAAUUAAUUGGAUUUGUUUUAA